CUGAAACAUUAAAUAUAUAAAGGAUUUUCCAGAUAUUCAACAAAAUUUGGAAAUCAUCUUGACGAUCAGAUAACUCAGACGACGACAUGUUUUAAUGGCAUACACGUUGUUGUCAAUAGGAACAGGAGCCACAUAUGGGCUCGUUAUCGUUGGUGAUGCGGGCUAGCAGUUAAUUUAACUCACAAAUUGAACUCAAAACUCAUAAACUUACAGAAAAAAAGUGUUGUAGUGUUUUUUAUAAAUAAAAAUCUAAAGAAUUGAUAAUUUAAUAAGAAAAAAAAAUAUUAAUUAGUGUAAUUUUUAACAAAAAAAAAUAAAUAAAUAAUUAAAUAGAGCUAAAUUUUAGCUCUUUUUAACAAGCCAGAAAAAAGUCAUAAACGUGAAUCAUUCCAACAUCAAAAGGGUCACGCCGUGGAAACUUGAAGCAAUUUGCAGAUAAUAAUAAAUAAUAACAAGAAAAAAAGAGAAGCGAAGAAGAGAAAAAGUGCGAAAAGCCGUUACAAACAUUUCUUCGAAAAUCAUCAAUUUUUGAUCAAGGGGCGCCCUAUCAAGGUGCCAAGGGUGCCGCCUUCGUUGUAUCGAAGGAGGCUCCGUAGAGGCGCUAGGCUGCCAUUUGCAGGCGAUGCACCGAUUUGCAGAUCGACCGGGUGGACCUGGCCUAAGAUGGGGAGCGUGCUGUUCACGGCUUUGUUCAUAGCGUUGCAUUUUGCCACCGGCCUGGCCAACCCAGAUUCAAAACGUUUAUAUGACGACCUAUUGAGCAAUUACAACCGUUUGAUUCGGCCCGUGGGCAAUAAUUCUGAUCGUUUAACUGUGAAAAUGGGCUUGAAACUUUCGCAAAUUAUUGAUAUUAACUUAAAAAAUCAAAUCAUGACAACGAAUGUGUGGGUAGAACAGGAGUGGAAUGAUUACAAACUAAAAUGGAAUCCAGAUGAUUAUGGCGGAGUUGACACACUGCAUGUACCAUCAGAACAUAUAUGGCUUCCAGAUAUUGUAUUAUAUAACAACGCUGAUGGAAAUUAUGAAGUGACAAUAAUGACAAAAGCAAUUUUACAUCAUACGGGUAAAGUAAUAUGGAAGCCACCUGCCAUCUACAAGUCAUUUUGUGAAAUUGAUGUGGAAUAUUUUCCCUUCGAUGAACAAACGUGCUUUAUGAAAUUCGGUUCAUGGACAUAUGAUGGUUACAUGGUUGACUUACGUCACUUACUACAGUCUCCCGACUCCGAUACCAUUGAGGUCGGUAUCGAUCUUCAGGAUUAUUAUAUAUCAGUUGAAUGGGAUAUUAUGAAGGUGCCUGCCGUUAGAAAUGAAAAAUUUUAUAGUUGUUGUGAAGAACCAUAUCCGGAUAUAAUAUUUAAUAUAACGAUAAGGAGAAAAACAUUAUUUUAUACAGUUAAUUUGAUAAUCCCGUGCGUGGGAAUUUCCUUUUUAUCCGUGCUCGUAUUUUAUUUGCCAAGUGAAUCGGGCGAAAAGAUAUCAUUGUGCAUCAGUAUUUUGCUAUCGUUGACUGUGUUUUUUCUUUUGUUAACCGAAAUAAUUCCGGCAACAUCAUUAACAGUACCGUUAUUAGGAAAAUAUUUAUUGUUCACCAUGAUACUAGUUACAUUAUCGGUAGUUGUUACGAUCGCCGUGUUGAACGUUAAUUUUAGAUCGCCCGUUACGCACAAAAUGGCACCGUGGGUGCAACGAGUCUUUAUCGACAUUUUGCCUAAAAUUUUAUGCAUCGAACGACCCAAAAAGGACGAUGAUGAAACUGAGCAGCAUCAACAACAGCGUGAUGUUGUUCUCACCGAUGUUAACGUAUUUCAAGUGCCGCCCGAUGUAGAUAAAUAUGGUUUUUGUGGGAACCGUUAUAGUACGGACUAUGAUAUACCCGCACUGCCAUCACGUUUUGAUAUAGCGCCGUCGUCAGGGGGUGUACACCCAAAUUUUUGUAGCGAAUCUCCAUUACCAGCACUGCCAAUAUCGAGUGGAGAUGAUGACUUAUUUAGUCCUCCGGGACAUCACAAUCACAAUGGUGAUCUUAGUCCGACGGAUUGUUGCGGCGACAUUAGCCCGACAUUCGAGAAGCCAAUACUUAGAGACUACGAGAAAACAAUUGAAGCGUCAAGAUUUGUUGCGCAACAUGUAAAAAAUAAGGAUAAAUUUGAAAACGUGGAAGAAGACUGGAAAUAUGUAGCAUUGGUUAUAGAUCGUCUAUUUUUAUGGUUAUUCACACUUUUAUGUAUAUCAGGUACCAUAAUAAUUAUUUUCCAAGCACCUAGCUUAUAUGAUACAAAUGAGCCAAUAGAUAUACAUUAUUCGAAAAUUGCAAAGAAAAAAUUGGAAUUACUCAAAAUGGGUAGCGAAACCUUAUAGCAAUCACCCGGGUUCGCUUCCAGUAUAUGGAAUUGGUUCAUAAACUGGUUUCGAACCCUCAUAUUACCCGAAGAGGAUAAUAUUAGCAUUAAUAGGAAUAACAAAUAGCAGCAGGUGAACGUAGGCAUCAAUUUUACACAAUUAAUAAGCGACAUUUUUAAUCGUUACUUCACACAUAGUUAUGAUGAUAAUAAUGAUAAUGUAAUAAUUAACAAUAACAAUGAGGAAGAUGGUGCAAACAAUAAUGCAACUUUAACACUAUUAUAAUAAAAUACACCGCAUACUACACAAAAACAUGAAAAAAAAUUUUUCGGGGGCAAAUAUCUGUUCCUCGCUCCUUUUUGAAAAUGAGAAAAAAAAACGACAAAAAGACAAAAUAAUAAUAUAAUAUUUAUUUUUUGAUGCAAAUAUAAAUGAAACAUAA